AUGUUAUGGAAGCGAGUAGCAACCACUGGAAUUCCACCUGCCAAACAUACACUUACUUGGACAAAAUUGGUGACCAAUGGUGAGCUUUUGCGACCUAGAGCUGGGCAUACAAACAUUGCACUAGGCAAGAAUUUGUUUGUGUUUGGAGGUUUUACUGAUGCUGAAGAUCUGUAUAAUGACUUAUACAUGUUUGAUCUUGUUAUAGAUAGGAUGCCUCUGCGUGGAGUUUUACUCUCAAACAACAUCAAGAAAACAGUUGCUGAUGAUUUCAGAAGGUGCAACUUCUGCUACUUAAAUAUGAAGACACCAGCAGCUUCUAAUGCUUCUCCACCUCAUGAGGUUUCAGGAGGGGUAAAAUCGUCUUUAGAAGUUAAUUCAACUCCAAAUCCAAACCUUGGUUAUGAUGGUGAAUCUCAUCCCUUGACUGGUGAAUAA